AUGGUGAAGUGCGUCUUUCGAAAGGUUUCGGGUGGGACAGAGCGUCUGCUGGAGGUGGAGACCCCGCUUCUUCUGGGAGCAGACGGCAUUUUCUCCGAAACGAGAAAGCAUGUGGUGGGGCAGCAGGCUGGCAAUGAGACUGGCGGGUUAAUGGGGGAGGGAAUGGGGCCUCGAGACAAUGGGCGGACUAUCUGGAGGGCCAUCAUCGACAGCAGCCUUGUCUCCCACCCACUACUGCAGCCACGGCACAGUCUGACCAUACUAGCCGGCGACCGUGUGGGAGCCAUCCUGAACGGCCACGCAGGCAAGCUCUACUGGGGGCUCGCGCUCGCUGACGGGGCCGAUCCGACGGUCAGCAGCAGCCGAUCCAGGAGUGGGGAGGAGGCGAAGGAGAAGAUCCUGCGAGCAGUGAAGGGGUGGGACGUGCUGCCCCAGUUGGCCGAGGCCACUCCACCGGAGCUCAUUUUGGAGCGCCGGAUGCUUGACCUGCCUGCCCUUCCUUUCUGGGUUAAAGGAAGGACUGCUCUGCUGGGAGACGCGGCGCACGCAAUGACGCCAGAGCUGGGUCAGGGGGCGAACAUGGCGUUUGAGGAUGCGGCACAGAUGGUAGAAUGCAUUCGCGCUCACUCACAUGUCAGGCAUGCACUGGAAAGCUUCCAGUCCCUUCGCAUGCCACGUGUGCAUGCUGUGGCAGCAAUGAACAGGGCGUCGGCUAAAGCACUGUAUGGGGAUGCACAAGCAUGCAACGGGAACGGGAACAGAAAGGGAAUUCUAACAGGUGCUGCACCUCUAAUCAGGGGAGCGCUGGAGUCAACAGGUGCAGCAGGAGUCAACAGGUGCAGCAGGAGUCAACAGGUGCAGCUGGAGUCAACAGGUGCAGCAGGAGUCAACAGGUGCAGCAGGAGUCAACAGGUGCAGCAGGAGUCAACAGGUGCAGCAGGAGUCAACAGGUGCAGCUGGAGUCAACAGGUGCAGCUGGAGUCAACCGGUGCAGCAGGAGUCAAUCAAGCUGCUUAG